AGUUUUAUUUUCCUUUACACCUAGCUAUAUUGUCGUUAUGCUAUUUCUUUGUCCAAUCUCCUUUCGCACCGUUUGUCCACACUCUUCACACUGCCUGCGCGCGGCAGCCUGAAACCUGAAAACCCUCGAUUCCCAGGCCUUCUAUUUUCAUCCCCAUCAUUAUUAUGACGAUGUGCACUGAAUCUGAACCUUCCCUUCCUCUCAUGACUAACGCUACGCAACAAAGGAAUUUCGAUCCUCCUCCUAAUCAUCUAGCUGUUCAGCCAUUUUCUUUGCGGAAAAUGAGCUGCAAUGGCUGCAGGGUCCUGCGGAAGGGUUGCAGUGAUAAUUGCAUUCUUCGUCAAUGUUUGCAGUGGAUUGAGACCCCGCAAUCGCAAGCCAAUGCCACGGUUUUUGUUGCCAAAUUCUUCGGCCGCGCGGGACUUAUGACCUUCAUUCAAGGCGUCCACGAGACAGAACGUCCAGCUCUGUUCAAAUCUUUGUUGUAUGAAGCAUGCGGAAGAACAAUAAACCCCGUACAUGGAGCCGUCGGUUUACUGUGGACGGGAAAAUGGCAAAUUUGCCAGGCAGCAGUUCAGAAAGUUCUCCAAGAAGGCAGCCUGGAGCGGACCUCGACACCCCCCAAUUGCCCGUCAAUUGACGGAAAUAAACCCAUUGUUCCCACAUUUCCCUCAAUGGACACCAACGCAGUAGCCGCGCCAAUUUCCCGAUCAGUUGACGCUGUUGAAUCUCGGGCUCCAGAUGGCAACUCGUCGCAGGAAAAAUUCGACAUCCACAGACGGACUGGCAUUCCAGAUUUUUCUGUAGUUGACAAUCAAGGAGCCUGCAAAAGAUCAACUGAUGAUAACGUCUCCAAGAUCUACGAGGCGGGGAAGUCCGUCACGACGGAAAACCGCAGAGUUCGUCAAAGAACAGAGGACGGAAACAAUAUUGCCGUCACCGACGUUGCCGGCAACAAUGACGCCAUUGAUAAUGUCGGCAGGGUUAUCAACGAUAGUAAUCUCGUCGGCGGGCAUAUCGACGUCGCAGAAGUCACGUCAACCGCCGGGAGUGAGCGGCAGCAGAAUAUUGACGGCAAUUUGGGCGGUGACGUGAAAUUGGGUUUAAGCUUGAAUUGUCGGUCCAAGUCGUCAAAUUUGAAGCAACCGAGGGCUUCAAGUUCAUCAAAUAAUUCCGUCAUUUCCGAAGGCUCCGUCAAUAGACAGUUUCGGGGCCCGUUUCCACAAUCGCCACAGAAGCUUCUGGACCUUCUCUGAAUUGAAAAAAUUGCCUUCAUGAAUCAAAAUUCUAAAAAAUACUAUUUAAUUCCACUGUUAUCAGUCAAUUUGUAACAAAUAAUCUUGUUAGGCCUUUUUGUGCUGCAUCUUGAAUUUAAACCAGACAGCCAAGCCGUGAGAUGACAGGAAAAGGAGAGAGGAAAGGCCGUCAAAUAACGGUAAACAUGUUCCGCGUCGGCGGUAUCGGCGGAAAGCGGAAAGGUGAAUGCGUGGGGCCCACCAUCCACGUAGCCGUUUUAUUCAUGCCACCUCUUUUUGCGCCGCAUUUUUAGGAUGCAUUCAAUGCGCGCCGAUGGAAUUCCCGGAGAUAGCUGGACACGUGGCAUACUAGCCUUGGAUCUCGGCUUCUGGUCAAUGUUUUUGAGUCUCAAGCGAGCUAAGUUUUCCUGGUCCUGUACUGAACGUUUUAAUCAAUAAAAUGUUUAUAUAUAUAUAUUUAAUUUUGUUGAGUA